UUGCCGGCGGCGCUUUUGCUGCUGCUCGGGGUGUACCGGCUCCGGUGGUGUGCUGAAGCGGCGUGGGUUUUGCCGCCGCCCUUUCUGGUCACUCUUGUAUUCUCGGCGGGGCCUUGCUCCUCGCCUCCGCUAUGCACCCCGUUUUCCAGAGCAGCCGGCGCGACUUCACCUUCGGGCCGUGGAAGCUGAGCGCCGCCCGGACGCACAUUAUGAAAUCGGCGCAGGCCGAGAGAUUGGCUGAUGAAUUGCACAUGCCUUCCCUGCCAGAGAUGAUGUUUGGAGACAAUAUCCUGAGAAUACAGCAUGAUCGCGGUUUUGGAAUUGAGUUCAAUGCAACAGAUGCUUUAAAAUGUGUCAAUAAUUGUCAAGGUAUGAUCAAAGUGGCUUGUGCAGAGGAGUGGCAAGAGAGCAGGAGUGAAACCGAGCACAGUAAGGAAGUUGUCAAGCCAUAUGAUUGGACUUACACAACAGACUACAAAGGAACUUUGCUGGGAGAUACUGCAACAUUAAAGGUUGUUCCUACAACAGAACACAUAAAUACAGAGAAAUUGAAAGCCAGGGAACAAAUUAUGUUUUUUGAAGAAGUACUUCUAUUUGAAGAUGAACUUCAUGAUCAUGGAGUAUCAAGUUUGAGUGUAAAAAUAAGAGUUAUGCCUUCCAGCUUUUUUGUGCUGUUGAGGUUUUUCUUGCGAGUUGAUGGGGUACUUAUCAGGAUGAAUGAUACAAGGCUUCACCAUGAGGCUGACAAGGCCUACAUGUUGCGAGAGUACACAUCCAGAGAAAGCACAAUAUCAAGUUUAAAGCACGUUCCACCUUCCCUGUUCACGGAGCCUAAUGAGAUCUCUCAGUAUCUGCCCAUAAAGGAGACAAUCUGUGAAAAACUAGAAUUCCCAGAGAAGCUGGAGCCUAAACCAGAAGCACCACUGGAAGACAUGUGUGUUAAGUCUAAAUAAAUAUGACUUUAUAUGGACUGGAA